AUGCAUCUCAACUUUCUCGCCCUAGUAUCGCUGCCACUUCUGGCGAGCGCAUGGACAGCCAGCAAAUAUGGAGACAACUCAUUGAGUUUCAAUACAAGCUCUGGUAUCUUUGCACCAUUCUUUGAACCAUCUUACCCAGACGUUGCCGCAUUUCUUGAUAUCCCAUUCGCAGAGACUCCGGUCGGAGAUCUCAGAUUCGCGCCACCUCUUGCAAAGAAAUAUCCUGGAGAUAAAGUCAUUCAAGCAACAAAACUCCCACGGGGAUGUAUUCAAUACGUGCCUCUGUUGCUCAGAGGUACUGUUGCUGAUAGCCUCGUUUCUGCUGCCAAUUUCCAGCGGGGAGACUACGCGAAUACCACUGAAGAUUGUUUGAGACUCUCUUUGUUCAUCCCCAAGAACUCUAUCGCCGAAAAGAAAGGCGCGAAAGAUGGACGGUUGCCUGUCGUGAUCUGGAUUCACGGAGGUGGCUAUAUGAUUGGGGGCACCAACGUCCCGUAUCAACUUGCCCAACCCUGGGUUCAGCGAAGUCAGAAGCACAUCGUUGUACAGACCCAGUAUCGACUCAAUAUCUUCGGAUUACCGAAUGCUGCGGGAUUAGCAAAAGAAGGAAAGAACUUGAACCUGGCGCUGCUUGACCAACGUCUCGCUGUCAAAUGGGUACGAGAUAAUAUUGCUCGAUUCGGCGGCGAUCCCAACCGCAUCACGCUCUGGGGUGAAAGCGCAGGCGCAUAUGCUACGGAUGGCUAUCUGUUUGCAUGGCCUCGCAACCCGAUUGUCAAGGGUGUCAUAGCCGAUUCUGGGAACGCCUUGGCGAUUGAGGGAAGUCUGGGGGAUGCCAGAAACCACAGUACCUUUUCCAUCGCCGCGAAGCACCUGGGAUGCGGCGACUUAUCGCCUGAAAAGGAGCUCCAGUGCAUGAAAGGGGUCCCCGAACACAAGCUUAAGGAAUAUCUUCAGGCAGAACUCGGUCAGGGAGGUGCUGCUGAUGAUAGCCUUGGGUUCUCACUUAUACCAGAUAAUGUCACCGCUUUCGCCAAUUACACCGGGAGAAUCACUGCAGGCUCAUCCAAAUUCCCAACAAACGUUCCUCUCUUGAUUGGAACCAACACGAAUGAAGGAGCUGCCGUCAUUCCCUACAACUUUCCCGGCUACGAAACAGCUACAGAGAUACCGGCCAACCUCAAGCCUGUUGCCAAUGGGUUUGGCCUCAAUCUCCAAUGCACUACCCUCAAAGAAAGCCGGCUGAGAUCUGAAGCAGGUGCCAGAACUUUCCAGUACCUUUACGCGGGUAACUUCACCAACGUUUCCCCUCUACCCUGGCUGGGCGCGUAUCAUACGGCUGAAUUGCCUCAGAUCUUCGGUACACACGAUAUUGAGGGCCCAUCAACCAAAUUCGAGCGAAAGGUCAGUGAGAGAAUGCAAGAUCUCUACCUCAGUUUUGCCAGUGAUCCUGUUCACGGUUUGGAGAGGGAUGGAUGGUCGGUAGCACGGGCACAAUCGGGCAGGUCGAAGCUUGUCAGGUGGGCGGGGAAUGGCAAAGUCGAGCAGAUCGUCGAUGCCAAGAGGUUGAUCAAUGAAUGCACGAGGAACGGAAUUGCUGUAUAA